AUGGUUGUGUUACGGCAGUUUGGGCUUCUUCUCUGGAAGAAUUACAUCUUGCAGACAGAACUCUUCUCCUACAGCAGUGCGCGAGGGUUUCCAUCCGAAAAGGAGUUUGAACACUACAUCCGGUUCGAUAACCGUUCGGGCAAUGUACUGGCGGGACUGGUUUUUGAGAACUGUGUGGCUAACAGCCAGGAUCCGUUGCCGCUCCAGGUUAGUUAUCAGCUACGUUUCAAAUAUAGCCCUAGGAACGCUCCUCCAAGUGAAAGGACAGGAUUGAACCCCAACUUGGAUCGAGACUGGAACACCCACUACCUCUUCCCACUGUUCCAGUUACCAGGACCCAGAGAGGCAAAAAGUGAUGAUGGAGGCACACCAGGGUACUUCCGUGAAGGCUUCCUUGCAGUGCAGCAUGUGGUGGAUAAGGCCAUCAUUCAGUACCAUGUCAACAACUCUACUUCCGGUCUGCUGGAUCGGGUGACUGUGACCGUUAGGCGCUUUCCUUAUCCCCCUUACGUCAAUGACCUCUUCCUUCUGGCUAUUCAGAACCAGCUUCCCUUGUUACUGAUGCUGAGCUUCACCUACACCUCCCUCAAUAUCGUCCGUGCUGUGGUGCAUGAGAAGGAGAAGAAGCUGAAGGAGUACAUGCGCAUGAUGGGACUCAGUAACUGGCUACACUGGAGCGCCUGGUUCCUCCUGUUCUUCCUUUUCCUCUUAGUGUCCAUCUUCUUUGUGACCAUCCUCUUCUGUGUCAAGGUCAGUGGACAAGGAGCAGUGCUGACCAGCAGUGAUCCAGCUCUGAUCUUCACUUUCCUAGCGGUGUUUUGCAUCUCAACCAUCUCCUUCAGCUUCAUGGUCAGCACCUUCUUCUCAAAAGCAAACGUAGCCGCAGCUGCGGGAGGCUUCCUCUAUUUUUUCUCCUACAUUCCGUACUUUUUUAUCUCCCCGCGCUACGACCACAUGACCCACAGCCAGAAGCUCUCCUCCUGCCUGAUCUCCAACGUCGCCAUGGCUAUGGGAGCACAGCUGAUCGGCAUGUUUGAAGGGAAAGGUGAGCAGAACAAGACGCCUUCUUACUGGUGUGGCAGCCCCCAGACUGUUUUGGGGAAAGAGAAGGAAGAGGAAGAAGACCCAGAGAAGGCCUUGAAAAGUCAAUUCAUAGAAGAGGAGCCUUCAGACCUAGUGUCAGGUGUAAAAAUCAAGCAUCUUUCCAAGGUGUUCAAAGUGGGAAGCAAAACCAAGGAAGCUGUGAAGGACCUGACUCUUAAUAUGUAUGAAGGACAAAUCACCGUCCUUCUUGGACACAACGGGGCUGGGAAAACUACCACUUUGUCCAUGCUGACAGGGCUGUAUCCUCCAACAAGCGGACAGGCAUACAUCAAUGGCUAUGAAAUAUCCCAAGACAUGGUUCUCAUCCGAAAGAGUCUAGGUCUUUGUCCUCAGCAUGAUGUUCUCUUUGACCACAUGACGGUAGAAGAGCACCUUUACUUCUACUCUGGGCUGAAAGGAUUUCCUGCUGAAAAAUGCCCAGGGGAGAUCACCCAUAUCCUUCACAUCCUCAACUUACAAGAGAAACGUAGGACUUUGUCGAAGGCCCUCUCUGGAGGGAUGAAGCGCAAGCUCUCCAUUGCCAUUGCGCUCAUUGGGGACUCCAAGGUGGUGAUGCUGGAUGAGCCUACCUCAGGCAUGGACCCCGUUUCACGGCGAGCCACGUGGGAGCUCCUGCAGCAGCAGCGGAGAACCCGCACCAUCUUGCUCACCACCCACUUCAUGGAUGAGGCAGACCUGCUGGGCGACCGCAUUGCCAUUAUGGCCAAGGGGGAACUCCAGUGCUGUGGAUCGUCCCUCUUUCUGAAGCACAAAUAUGGUGCUGGGUACCACAUGGUGAUGGUGAAAGAGCCCUAUUGUAAUCUUGGAGAGAUCUCCCACCUCAUCUAUCAUUAUGUCCCCAACGCCUCUCUGGAAAGCAAUGCGGGGGCAGAACUGUCCUUCAUCCUGCCCAAUGAGAGCACACACAAAUUUGAGGCUCUGUUCACGGAGCUGGAGUUACGCCGGGAAGAACUGGGCAUUGCCAGUUAUGGAGCUUCAGUUACUACAAUGGAAGAGGUCUUCCUUAGAGUUGGCAAGCUUGUAGACUCCAGCAUGGAUAUCCAAGCCACCCAGUUGCCAGCUUUGCAGUACCAGCAUGAACGGCGAUCCAACGACUGGGCCAUGGAUGAUUCCAGCAGCAUGAGUGGCCUGACUAACAUGACCGACGACAGCGGGGCUCUCAUCACUGAAGAUUGCUCCAACAUUAAGCUGAACACAGGGUUCUACCUCUGCUGCCAACAAUUCUACGCCAUGUUCAUGAAGAGGGCUGUGUACAGCUGGCGCAACUGGAAGAUGGUAGCAGCCCAGUUUUUGGUGCCUCUCAUUUUCACUGCGUUUGCCUUGAUCGCCGCCAAGACCUUCCCGGGACCACAAGACUCUCCAUUGUUGAAGCUGACCUUAAAUCCGUACGGCCAGACCACCGUGCCUUUCUCCGUCUCCCAAGGCUCCAGUCUGGGCGAGAGGCUGGCAGCACAGUACAAGGAUGUGGUGGGUGCCCAGCGCCAGGAGCCAUUGGAGGUGGUAGGGAACCUGGAGGAAUACCUGAUUUCUCGAGCAUCCGAAGAAGCCGGAGCCUUUAAUGAGUACCACAUAGCAGCAGUUUCUUUCCAAGAGACCUCAAAACAGAUGGAAGUAACCGCUCUUUUCAACAACCAAGCCUUUCAUUCUCCCGCUGCCGCGUUGCUACUGGUGGACAACGCCUUGUUGAGGCUAAUAGCUGGACCAAACGCCUCCAUCACAGUGGCCAACUAUCCACAACCUCGCAACAUGACCGAGACAGCAAAAGACCAGCUCAUGGAAAGCCAGACGGGUUUUGCCAUUGCCAUCAACCUGCUCUAUGGAAUGGCCUCUUUGUCCAGCACUUUUGCACUCCUUCUGGUGAGCGAGAGGGCCAUCAAAGCCAAGCACGUGCAGUUUGUCAGCGGUGUUUACAUGGUGAACUUCUGGCUCUCCGCGCUUCUGUGGGACCUCGUCAACUUCCUUACACCCUGCACCCUCAUCCUGGUGAUCUUCCAAGCCUUUGAUGUCAAAGCAUUCACCGAGGACAACCAUCUUGUGGAUAUAAUGCAGAUAUUUCUUCUGUAUGGCUGGGCCAUUAUCCCCCUCAUGUACUUGCUCAGCUUCUUCUUUUCGGUAGCAGCCACAGCCUACACCCGCCUCACCAUCUUCAACAUCUUCUCCGGCACAGCCACGUUCUUGGCGGUCGUCAUCAUGAGCAUUCCUGAGCUUGGCAUGGUGGAUCUGUCCAACACACUAGAUAAAGUCUUCCUAAUCCUGCCCAACUACUGCUUGGGACAAAGCAUCAGCAAGUUCUACCAGAAUUAUGAGUUCAUUCAGUUCUGCACUUCUUCUUUUGAAUCCCUAGUCAUCUGUAAAGUGUUUAAUAUCUCCUACCAGACCAACUACUUUGCUUGGGAAAACCCAGGCAUUGGAAAAUACUUGACAGCUAUGGCAGCCCAAGGCCUCUCCUUCCUUCUCCUGCUCUUUCUCAUUGAGACUAACCUUCUCUGGAGAAUGAGGACCAUUGUCUGCGACAUACGACGGAGGCGGAAAUGGGUCAUGCUGCUAAACCAAGUUCCGGUGCUUCCAGAAGACCGGGAUGUUGCUGAUGAGAGAAAGAAGGUGCUGGAAUCACCAACAGCAUCCAUUUCUUCAUUGAAUAGUCCUCUUGUGAUUAAGGAGCUUACCAAGGUAUACGGUAGCAGGGAUUCUUGUCUGGCUGUGGACAGAAUCUCUCUUGCGGUUAGCAAGGGAGAAUGUUUUGGUCUUCUGGGUUUCAACGGGGCAGGAAAAACAACCACCUUCAAGAUGCUAACGGGAGACGAGAGCAUCACUUCAGGAGAUGCCUAUGUGGAUGGACACAGCAUCCUGGCCAAUAUCAAAAAGGUCCAGCAGCGGAUUGGCUACUGUCCCCAAUUUGAUGCACUUUUGGAUCACAUGACCGGGAGGGAGACCUUGAGCAUGUACGCCCGACUGCGGGGCAUCCCCGAACGCUACAUCGGCAGCUGUGUGGAGAACAUGCUUCGUGGGUUGCUCUUAGAACCUUACGCCAACAAACUCAUCCGCACAUUCAGUGGUGGGAACAAGCGGAAACUGAGUGCAGGAAUUUCUCUCAUUGGUGGACCUCCUGUGGUGUUCCUGGAUGAACCUUCCACCGGCAUGGACCCUGUUGCCAGGCGCCUAUUAUGGGAUGCAGUCGCUCGGACACGGGAGUGUGGGAAGUCCAUCAUUAUCACAUCUCACAGCAUGGAAGAAUGUGAGGCUCUCUGCACCAGGCUGGCCAUCAUGGUCAACGGGCAGUUCAAGUGCCUGGGUAGCCCUCAGCAUCUGAAGAGCAAGUUUGGCAGUGGCUAUACGCUGCUGGCCAAGACGCACUGCGAUGAAGAAGGCCACGUAGAAGACUUCAAGGCCUUUGUGGAGAAGACAUUUCCCGACAGCAUCCUGAAGCAUGAACACCAGGGGAUGGUCCAUUACCACCUCACCAAUAAGAACCUCAGUUGGGCACAGGUGUUUGGGACACUCGAGAAAGCCAAAGAGAAGUACUGCAUAGAAGAUUACUCUGUAAGCCAAAUCUCCUUGGAGCAAGUCUUCAUGAGCUUCACGCGUUUCCAGCAUUACACAGAAGAUCGUGAGAAAUGAGUCCAGUCUUCUCCAGCUUCUUUUCGUGGACUGACCUGUUGCCUAUAAGAUAGUAUACAAAGAGAAGGUAAUUUAUAGUAUCAG